AGUCUGUGGGAAGACAAAUCAAUAGUAGGUAGUACUGCCCUUGGGUUAAAAAAAUGCUCUUUUUCAUAAAAACCAGAGGAUUCUGGAUGCUUUCUCUUCCUAGACAGCAAUCACGUGCGCUACCACUUUUCCUAUAUGCCCUUCAGUUCUGCUGUUCAGUGAUAACCUCGCCACAUGCAUCUAUUGCCCGGGAGGAUAAGUGUCCUGGCCCUCGUUGGAACGCCAUGUGUCGUUCCUGCUGUGAAUAUGAGCUUAUCCGUUGUAAGUGUCCAUCUCAGAGGACACGGGUGGGCUAUGCUGUGCCCUGCUGCCGGAACGACAUCCACCAAUGUGACCCCUGCAUCAUCCACCAGGGCUGCAAUGUGUUUGAUAACUGUAAGAGAUGUAAUAAUGGCACAUGGCAGGCAAAGGAUGAUUUCUACAUCACUGGAAGAUACUGCACUGAGUGUCGGCAGGGCUGGUCUGGAGGGGAUUGCCUCAAGUGUGGAGAAGUCAUACGGAAGCCUCACGGUCAUGUGACCCUGGAGAGUUAUCCAAUCAAUGCGGCAUGUGACUGGACGCUACAUGUUAGCACAGGGGUGGCCAUGGAAUUCAGGUUUACGAUGCUUAAUCUGGAGUUUGAUCACAGGUGUCGCUAUGACUUUGUGGAGCUUAGGGACGGCGAUAGCAUUCACUCGCCUCUGAUUGGCCGAUACUGCGGAGACCAAAUCCCGCCACCGAUCAGGAGCUCAGGAGACUCGCUGCAUAUCCAUUUUGUUUCAGAUGGUUAUAAUAAUUAUGACGGGUUCUCUGCUACGUUUCAGGAAUUCUCAGUGUGCAACCUUAAUCCAUGUAUGAACGGUGGUACUUGUUCACUGGAUACAGUUAAAACUUUCCGCUGUGCUUGCCAAGCCGGUUUCACGGGCCUACGGUGUGAGAAGAGAUCUGGCUGUGUAAUCCCUCAGAAGCCUGUUCACGGAGACCAUUUCCUGCUGUACGAGAACGGAGACAUUGCCACUGGUGUUCAGUACCGGUGCUAUAAACCUUAUAAACUCAGAGGAGUCUCACGGAGGCUGUGCCAGUCCAACGGUACCUGGAGUGGUACAGCACCCACAUGCACCAGGGACAAAGAAGUCAUUAGGAAGGAAUGUCCCCCAUUAUCACAACUGCACCAUGGAUACUCCUUGAAAGUUUUUGGCUCCGAUGGUGCUAUAAAGAGCAUGGAAUUUUCCUGCAAUAAUUCUUACGUUCUCAGUGGAAACGCUAAACGAACAUGCCAGCUCGAUGGCACAUGGAGUGGAAAUCAGCCGCAGUGUAUCAAAGCUUGUCGAGAGCCAAAGAUCUCAAAGCUAGUGCGUCAGAAGGUCUUAAAGCCCCAAGUUUCAAUAAGGAAGAGUCCAGUACACAGGCUUUACGCGUCCCGCCAACCAAACCCACAUGUGACAGAAAGCGAAAUCAGUAUAGAGGCAGCACAGAGUAAAUUACCCACUGGUUUCCAUCAUCUCUACACAAGCAUUGAGUAUGAGUGCAUCUCUGCUCUGUACAAGUACUCUGGAAGUGCACGCAGAACAUGUCUGAAAACUGGCAAGUGGAGUGGACGCCAUGUCACCUGUUUGCCAGUCUGUGGUAAGCUCUCGUUCAAGCCCAAGAACCUGGCACAAACCCACUGGCCGUGGCACGCAGCCAUAUACCACAGUGUCCCUUACCACACCAGUCCCAUUACAGGGAGGGCCGACAGCCGAGGGGAAAUGUUUUCUGAAGAUGACCAUGACUACUGGCAGGAGGAGAGCAUGGAGAAGUGGCAUCUGGUGUGCAGUGGUGCUUUGGUGAGCCAGCAUGCUGUCCUGGUGCCAGCACACUGUGUAACUGAGCCUGGACAAUCACUGCCUAAAAACAUGGCUGACCUGAAAGUAGUGCUGGGAGAAAAUAAGAGGCUUCAGCACAUAAAGGUCUCAGAUUUCCUGGUUCAUCCCAGCUAUGAUUCUACUGGGUUCGACUCAGACCUAGCUAUACUGAGGCUGGUGGAGAAAGCAAGGAUCAGUGAAUUUGUUUCCCCUGUGUGCCUACCCCAUCUGCAAGGAGGGGAACUAACUGUGAACCAAGCCUACAUCACUGGCUGGUCUGUAGCAAGAAAACAUGAAACACACUCUCAAGUGGCUCAGACUGGAAUUAUCGAACUAACUGGUGUGUUGCAGUGUGAAAGACAGUAUGCUAAACAAGGGCUUCCCAACAGUAUUACUAAUAAUAUGUUGUGUGGAAGGCAACAUCCUAUCAGUUCCAGUACAAUAUGUCCUGCCAGAUCAGGGGGAAUCAUACUUGUGCCUACUGUGCCAGAGCACAGGAGAGCGGAGGAAAGUGUAUCUGAGUCUAACUGGGAACUACUGGGUCUGGUGAGCUUUGGGUACAAUGUACAAAAUUGUAAUCCGCACUUGUACACUGUAUAUACACGAGUGGGAAACUUUAAGAACUGGAUUGAAAAUAACAUGAAGUAAUAUUCUUUGCAUACUAAAAUAUACAGAUGUGACAAGUCAGGCCAAUAGUUAUAAAACUCAUUGACUAUACAAGGGGUCAUUUUAUAAAUCAUGGAGUGAUCAAAGGUGUGCAGAGUGAAACAAUAUUGAUCCCCAUUAAGCUGAACAAAUUCUGACACCUUCUGGGUUUAGCCAAGCUAGUCUUUAAAGUCAUUUUAAAAAAUUGGAAAGCAUUAACAUUUACAGCAUUUGGCAAAUGCUCUUGUUCAGAGUGACCUAAAGUACCAUGCAAAAGUCUUGAGGCAUUCAUUAAAUUCAUAUUAAAUUAAACGAAAUGAUGCAUAUUAAAUUAAACAAAUGGGAGCAAAUGUUGUACUAUGACAGGCUGCAAGGUGCCUAAAGAUAUGUUUUUUAAAAUUGUUUGUUUAUGUAACAAAAUCAGCAGCAAUCUCAUUUCCCCUCUCGUCUGUUCCAACCACUUAGCAUUUAGCACCACCAGUAUACUAAUCACCGGCCUGAUCAUCUGUCAUUAUUAGGUACCCAGAGUGUCCUUCAGGAACUAUUCCUCUGGACUACAUUAAAAUACAAAAAAAAAAAAAAAAAAGAAGUCUGGCUCUUUGGAAGCAAAAUAUGAAGAAAUUAGCAGUGGCUCAAGACUUUUGCACAGUACUGUACAUUAAGCCUGAGGCCCCAACAGUAGCAGCUUAUUGCUGGGGUUUUAAUGUGCAACCUUCUAAUCAGUAGUCCAACUUCAUAACUUCCCCACCUCAAGCUUACACUUAACUUUAUAUAUUAAGGUAAAAUUGGGGUGCAAGGCUAUGCAAAAGUCACAGUUCUGCGUGUACCUUGAUUUUAAUGUCACGGUUUGUUAAAGUAAAAAAGACAUGAAAUUUAAUUUAUUACGAAUUUAACUUCUGCACAAUGGCCAAUAGAGCACCAUAGGAAUGCGCAUAAAGGCAUAUCUGGGUCUUGGUAACUAAGUGGUAAUUUGUUUAAGAACAGUACCGGUUCUUUUAAAAAAGCGAUAAUCAAAGGAUAUUUUAAAACAUUAUUAAACAACUUUAUGAUUGGUGAUGGAACGUAUACAAUUUGUGCCCCCAGAACUCAGUGAACCCUUCUUUCUCAACAAAUUACAUGGUCCUUCAUGAUAGAAAAUGCAACUGCAACAGAAGUCAACUCAGGGCAUUAUUGCCCCGUCAGAAUUAUUUUCCCAUUUACAGAGUGAUGUCAAAUAAAAUGAUUGCACAAAGUAUGCAUAAUGUAUAUACAAGUAUUAGCUUUUAAUUAA